AGCGUGGCUGUCUGAUGCUGCUGUGAUCUCACAGUUGUCGCUGUGCAGUGGAGGCGUUUUUUUUUCCCUGUGUGCAACCAACCGCAAGAAAUGGAUGUGUUUCUAAUGAUUCGACGUCACAAGACGACCAUCUUCACAGAUGCCAAAGAGUCCACCACAGUCUAUGAACUGAAGCGUAUUGUGGAAGGCAUUUUAAAGAGGCCACCUGAAGAUCAGAGGCUUUAUAAGGAUGACGUGAUGCUUAACGACAGUCAAACUCUUGGAAAUUGUGGCUUCACAAAUCAAACAGCCCGACCUCAGGCCCCGGCCACGGUGGGAUUAGCUUUCCGUCUGAGUGAUGAUUCAUUUGAGCAGCUGAGGAUCGAGUCUUUCUCCACUCCCCCAGAGCUCCCUGACGUCAUGAAGCCCCAGGACUCGGGCAGCACAGCCAACGAGCAGGCUGUACAGUGAGGGAGGGACGCACAGGGGGCCGGAGGGAGGAUGCACGGGGGGAGGGAGGGGUUGAAUUUUGGGAAGCGAUGCCUCAGAGGGUGAGUUUUAUCUUACCGAAGACAGAUCUUCAGCUGGGCAUAAACAGUUACAAACGUGGAUUCCCCUGGUUGUAAAUUUGAGGGCGGGUGCUUCAAAGUGUCCUGAAAUCGGUGAACGCAUGCUAGAUAAAUUGAUAAUUUCAUACAAGACCCUUCAGAGAUACCUGACGGACUUGUCACGACACUGUCAGUCAUCCAUGGGAUUGGUAAAGGCUGAACAUAAAGAAUUGUACCUCGUAUUUAAAUAAUUCUAGUCUUUGUUUGGGGCAAGGUUAUUGCUGCCUUCCUUGUGUUUUUUAUUUUGCCGGCUUACACGUGGGAGUUGAUAAGGUGUGACAUUUUUAGGCUUUUAUGUUUGUGUGUUUCUUUAUUAAACUAUUACUAGGAUUUAACAUGUUUUUGGUCUUUGGCUUGGAUAUGUGUUGCGACAAUAGCUAGGAGUUUGUGAAUUUCUAAGUUACUAUCUGUAUUUCAAAAACUUUUGAACAAUAUGAAUCUGAAAUAAAAUAGAUUCACUCGUUUGCAGAAGAUCUGGCAUUAAGAUGAACAUUUCUUGGUACUUACCAGUAGUUGUAGUUUUCAUACUGUAGCUGCUCACUGAAGUUACUGAAUGCACUCAGUCGUGGGUAUCUACAACACAUGUAACGCUGGCGUGGACCUGGUGUUGAAAAUCAAAUCGCAGACAAGCAUAGCAGCAAUCAAACAUGAAUUAAUAGUGAUUAUUGAUCUUUCUUUUUUUUUAACCUUACUAACAAAGGCGGGGGACUAAUCGACUUUCCUCUCCGGUGUUUGGUUGCAGCAUAUGACAUCUUUGAGAUGCUGAGUAGUAAACCAAAACCUGAUUUAAGUUAAACAGGUAGAUUGUCAUGUGAUUAGUUAUGAACUGUGCCUAUGAGUAGUGAGCUGCACAUUUGACUCUCCAUUAUCCCAGAAUCACUGCCCAUUUAGAUUUAAUUCAUGCUGCAACUUGUUGUGUUGUAUUAUACACCAUUGAUACCUUAAUGCACGCAUUGUUUUCCUAAAUUUAAAGGUAUACUAUGCAGGAGCUGUUGGUUACGGUUUGUAAACACAACAUUCAGACUUGGCCCCUCUUCCACCAGAAGUUCACUGCUUGUAAGCUACUGUUGUAGGAACAUUAAAUGUGUUGGAACGGAAAAGCCGAUGCUUUAGCAAACUAUCUAAGCUAAACUCUGGCACCUACCUGUCCAACAAAAACAGGCCAGCGCCACGUCGCUCUUCACCCCAAUCCUCUUCUUCUUCUAGCAGCUGAAAGUCAACCCCAGAGUCACACUUGUUGUGGAAAGUUUCAUCUGCGUGUUUGCCUCGCCAUAUCUGUUUUUCUUCUUUUUUCAGUGCUGUUUCUGCCAUUUUUGUAGAUUCCUCUUGGAUGUGUGCUGCUUACUGUCUGGCACCUGGUCACUACCUUUAUAAAGUCCCAACCUCACCUGCACGCUGUUAUUUGCUGAUGGCUACACACCCACUGCCCAAAGGCUGCAGCACAGAAAUGUCCAAAAGAGGCCACAGUAAGGAAAUACAGGCAGAGGGCAGGGUCUCAGCAGAUAAAUACACCACCACCCACUUGUAGUGGGUCAAACCUGAUGAUAGAGGGUUUAUACAUUAUUUUUUAGGAAAUUCCUGCAUAGUAUACCUUUAAAGGUAAAGUAGAAAUGAACUCCUCUCCACAUCAAAAUGUCAGAUAAUUAAAGUAUAGCACUGGGUUUUAUGAUCUACAAAACUACAAUUAAAACUCCAUUAGUUACAGCAGGAAACUAUAUUUGACCUGGGGGCGUUGAAUGAAAUUGUUGACAUUACCGCAUUUGCAAUUUGAGGCUGUUAAACAGUGGGACAUGAUCAAAGUUGCACUUGUAACUGAUUGAACAUUAAAACAACUGUUUUUCACCCCUGUGCACUGUGGUG